GUCCCAACCUGCAGCCACAAACCCACCGCGUAGGCGGCACGAGCCACGUAGCCGAAGUCACGAGACCUCUCCUCAGUCCCCAGCCCUUGGUUUAUACUUAAUACUGGAAAAUGCUUGACUGUUUAUGUUACUCAACAUGGUAACUAAAAAGUUACUCAUCUGGCGCGGUUCAUUCUCAUUGUUCCCCUUGAAUGGUUCAAGCAGUGUUCCAUGAAAUGAAGCGAAGUGAUUGGUGCAAGGCACCUGGGUGACUUUUUUGCGUGUGUUUCUGAGUUACCGUAGAAUUGCUCGUAAAUUCCUCUUUUUUGGGUACGUGGCAUCUAUCUUCUAAAUCAAGAAGACAGAAACCAACGACGACGCCAAACUUAUAUCCACUCAUCCUCUCCUGUGGCCGGGGUUCACCACCUUUAUAUCACCCGGACUCCCAAACUCCAAACGAAGCCUUCUCCUCCGCAAGCCCAAAAGAUGGACGACGUGUGGUCGUGGCUCACUCUUCUCCCAGCCCUUCCGACUGGCCCUCCACCCCUCCCUCCCUACUCCUCGCAGCCUCCGCCGACCGCUCCAUCCUCCUCUCCGCCGACCGCACCGCCGGCUCCAACUGAGGCCCUUGCCACCUUCUCCAUCACCCUCCAUGGCUUUCCCCACCCCUCCAACCCCGUCCACACCCUCUGGGUCUCCGAUCCCUUCCCCUCUCCUCUCCUCCUCCUCCCGCCUCCUCUUCCUCCUCCAACUCCUCCACGAGUCAUGUCCCUCUCCCCCCACCUCCUCCCUCCACUUCGACAACUCCGCUAUAAAGCUAGACAUGGAGCGCAUCUCCGACGCCCUCGACGGCGCCGAAGCGAGGCGGCGGUCUUCUUCGCCCUUGCGCUCCUCCUCCGGCUAUUCUGGCUCUGCGCCUGCGACGCCCCGGCCGGCGGCUUCCUCUUCUUCCGGGCCCUCGGCCCGGUCCUCGAGCGCGCGCUCGACUGCCGCCGGGCCCUCCGCAAGUUCCUCCUCGCCGCCGGGCCAGACGCCGAGGAGCGCUUCAUGCGCUCACUCGGCUAUAUGCUCGCCAAGUUCCUCCUCCGCGAGCUCCAGCCCGCCGCCGGCCACCGCCUCCCCGCCGCCUGCUGCUCCUAUGCGGCGGAAGCCCACGGUCUCUGGGUCCUCAAGGGCUUCGCCCCGUCCGCCAUGGCCCGGGUUGGCACCGGUUCUUCUAGCACCCAUCUCGAGCCGAAGGGGUCGGUCCUCCGAUAUGCGUUGGCCCACCAGCAACUGGAAGCUGUGGUCCAGCUAGAAUACACGGUCUGCAUGCGGGACCCACGUUUUAUCAAGAUUGGAGUACGUGUCGAUAAUAUAAGGCUCCACGUGGUGAGGCUCCGGUUCGGAGGAAACGAAGAGGAUGAAAGCGCUGACGUGGAGGACGAGAGGCACUUUCCGUCGAGGGUCCGGCUUUGGGUCGGACCGGAGGCCGGUUCGGCCUACGCGACCGGUCCCACUGGCCGGUCGAGCGGGAACCCGGGCGGGAGUGGAGACGUCCGGACCGUUGUAGGCGGCUCGUGGCGGUGGGUCGAAGCGCCGGGAAUUAACGCCAAGGCGCGGGCUUCGGUGAGGUCUCGGCGGAGCUGGCGGUGGGAGCAGGAGGUGGAGGGGGAGCCGGGUGUUCGAUGGGUGCUGUGCGACUUGUCGACAGGGGCGGAGGUGGCGGCGUGGAGGCCGGCGGGCGGCGGCGGAGGAGGAGGGAUCCGAGAGGGGGAUGCGGAGGAGGUACAGCGGGGCGGGAGAGCGUUUAGUAAGGCCGGCGGUGUGUGGUGGCCGCGACGAGCUGGCGGAGGGGGUGAGUUGGAGAGUGGGAGGGAGAUGGAGGGGAGGGUGUGAGGUGGAGGAUUGGGGGAGGGUGUGGGUGAGCUAUUUUCCCAUGAGGUGAGACGAGUUACUAUGAGACUAGAUAUGUCGAGUGGGGGAGGAGGUGGAGUUGCCUCUGGUUGCCGGAGGUGAAAGUACCCGGACGUGAGCUCAUAGUAUUAUAAGACAUCAUACAUAUUUGUCAUGAUACUCUCUUUUCUUUUUGUUUCCACUGUGGGCCACCUUUUGUUUGGAAUAUUCGGACCUGAUGUGGCCUUUCAUGCCCCAAGUAUGUAUUCAGCCAAUGGAGCCAUAGAUUAGAUGAUAUCUAAUGUAAAGUAUUUGUGAGUUGAAAA